AUGGAAGUCUUUAAUGAUUUCCGUCAAUUUGCAAAAUAUGAGGAUCGGGGGCCAAUUAGGAUGUUGUCUUACUCCAUCAUUGGAUGUCCAAAAUAUGACACACUUGUCAAUGAUUUCUUUAGUAAAGCAAGUAAAUUUAAGGUUUUCAAAGUGAAUCAAUCAUAUCUUCUCCAAUCUUCAUCCAAAGUUAAUGUUAACGACAUUGUCAAUCUGUUGCCUUCUUCGCAAUCGCGGACUCGACCCCGCGUUCGCAUAGCUUUGGACUCUCCCAUCUUCGCGUUCGCGGAAAGGCAGUUCGCGUACUUACAGCCCUUUCUCAAUCGCGUUCGCGUCCCCUUUUUACGAGUUCACAGGGUAUCUGCCAAAGUUGAAGACAUUGUACAUGCAGAUUUUGUUAAAUUUAAAAUAAAGAUGAAGAAAAAUAUUAAAGAUAAUCGAAUAAAGAUGAAGAAACAUGUGAAGAACUCUGUUAAGGAUAUUAAUCAGAAGCUUGAUAUUGUUCUAAAGUUUAUUCAAAAUGUUAAAAAAGGAAAGGAACAUCAUGAUGGCUUGUUGAAUGAUGAAGAUGAAAGCAAUGAAUUACAAGAUUUUCCAGAUUUUCAAAUGACAAACAUGACAAAAGCNACAGUACUAGAGACAAUUGAAUCCUACUCAGAAGAAGUAAAGGAGCUAGCAAUGAAAGUUUUGAAACUGUUGGGUAAAGCUCUGGGGGUUGAAGCAGAAGAAGUAAACAACCUUUUUGAAAAAGGGAUGCAAUCAAUGAGAAUGAAUUAUUAUCCACCAUGUCCAAAACCAGAACUUGUGAUGGGACUUUGCCCUCACUCUGAUGCAUGUGCCUUAGCCAUCCUUCUUCAAGUCAAUGAAACUGAUGGUCUUCAAAUUAGGAAAGAUGGAAUUUGGAUUCCCAUUUUACCCCUCCCCAAUGUCUUCAUAGUCAAUGUUGGAGACUCUUUGGAGGUACUUUCUCCAUUCAAUUUCCACUACUUAUUACUCCCUCCUCCGUCUUAUUUUAUGAAGGUGUUAGGGACAUCUUUGUGA